AUGUCGGACCGCGAGUUUGGAGGGAGCGACGACCUCUCCCUCCCCAAGGCCACCGUCCAAAAGAUCAUCAGCGAGAUCCUCGCACACGACAGCGGCGCGACGUUCGCCCGCGAGACGCGCGACCUUCUCAUCGAAUGCUGCGUGGAGUUCAUCACGCUGGUCUCCUCGGAGGCGAACGAGAUCGCGGAGAAGGACGCGAAGAAGACGAUCGCGUGCGAGCACGUGCAGACGGCGCUGGAGCAGCUCGGGUACGGGGAGUACGUGCCGGAGAUCUUGAAGGUGGCGCAGGACCAUAAGAAUCAGCAAGUGCAUCGGGAGAAGAAACAUAGCAAGUUGGAGCAGAGUGGGUUGUCGACGGAUGAGCUCAUUCGGCAGCAGCAGGAGCUGUUUCGGUCCGCGACGGAUAAGUUCAACUCGGCGCCGCAGGAUGGGGAAUGA